AUGUCAGUCCGGCGACGGUCGGAGAGCAUGGAGGGUCUGUUCUUAUUCGAUGAGCGAAAAGACCGGAGGUCGGACGUGGAGAACUCAGAGGAUGAGAGGAGAAGGCUGUCCAUUGGCGGGUCACUCAAGAAGAAAGCGCUGAAUGCAUCAAGCAAGCUCACACAUUCGCUCAAGAAGCGGGGGAAGAGGAAGGUGGAGCAUCGGGCUUCUUCCUUCACCAUUGAAGACGUCAGGGAUGAGGAGGAGGAGCGUGCCGUGUUUACAUUUCAGCAAGAGCUUUUGAACAGGAACUUGCUAUGUGACAAGCAAAAUGACUAUCACAUGUUGCUGAGGUUUUUGAAGGCAAGGAAAUUUGACACUGAGAAAGCCAUUCAUAUGUGGGCUGAGAUGCUCCAAUGGAGAAAAGAAUUCGGUGCGGAUACAAUACUCGAGGAUUUCGUUUUUGAAGAGCUGGACGAGGUGCUCUCCUAUUACCCUCAGGGUUACCAUGGAGUUGACAGGCAAGGAAGGCCAGUAUACAUCGAGAGAUUAGGGAAAGUUGACCCAAAUAAACUGAUGAACAUCACCACAGUUGACCGCUACAUCAAGUAUCAUGUGCAAGAGUUUGAGAGAGCCUUCUUGGACAAGUUUCCAGCAUGCUCUAUCGCAGCGAAAAGGCAUAUUGAUUCUACAACCACUAUACUAGAUGUUGAAGGCGUGGGUUUCAAAAACUUCAGCAAAACAGCAAGGGAAAUGCUAACUAGAAUGCAAAAAAUAGACAGUGAUUAUUAUCCUGAGACACUGCACCAGAUGUUUGUUGUAAAUGCUGGCGGUGGUUUCAAGCUACUAUGGAAUUCAGUGAAAGGUUUUCUUGACCCUAAAACGGUCUCAAAGAUACAUGUUUUGGGAACAAAAUUCCAAAGCAAACUUCUUGAAGUAAUAGAUGGAAGCCAACUUCCUGAAUUUUUGGGUGGAACAUGCACAUGUGCGGGUGAGGGAGGAUGCCUCAAGUCUAACAAAGGUCCAUGGAAUGACCCUAACAUUAUGAAGGUUGCACAUAACAAAGAAGCAAAGUUUGUAAGGCAUACAAGACGCUUAUCUGAGAUCGAGCAACGAAGGGGUUCAUUUGCUAGGUUACAUCUUUUGAAGGGUAGAAACAGUGACACGUCAACAGCUGAGUCAGGAUCAGAUGUUGAUGAUCUAGGUUCUCCUAUGAUGAGAAGCACAUUGGGGUGCAGUCGACUAGCUCCAGUUCGUGAAGAAAUGCAGAUGAGAGCACGAGAGUCUGCGGCUUAUUACAGUUGCGAUGAUCACUUUGUGGUGGUGGACAAAACAGUUGAUUAUGGCAGAGGAGGAUCAAUGCCAGAUAAAAGCAGUGCCCCACAAGUAAGAGUCUCUUCAAGAAACAGUCGUGCUAUACUAGUACCCAAAGAGAUUCCGGAGGAAGGGAAAUUCUAUCGUUUUCUCAGAUUACUGCUGGUUCUGGUUGUUAGGGUUUUUACCUUCUUACGCACAGUAUGCAGUCAGCCAGAGAUAACGAUGGUCAACAACCCACUACCUCCAGCUCCUGAGUUUGAACCCAUCCCUGGUGAUCAUCCAGCAGUUGAAGCGUUCAGUGUGGACCUUGUCAGUCCUGUCAUUGAGCGCCUUCAGAAGCUCGAGGGUCGGGUUGAUGAGCUCGGCAGCAAGCCCCCAGAGAUUCCCCUGGAGAAAGAACGCUCCCUCUUGGAUUCAUGGGAUAGGAUCAAAUGUAUCGAAUCUGACCUCGAAAGGACGAAGAAAGUUCUGCAGGCUACUGUGAUGAAGCAACUAGAAAUUGCAGACUCAAUAGACGAAGUUAUCUUGUCAAAGCUGCACAGGCGAAGAUUUUGUGCGUAA